GCAGCAGACGCACGAGGUUGGUGGACCGAUCAACAACGUAUGACGAGGCUGCUCUGCGAAGUCGACGUUUCUUCUUCGUCCGUUCCCAUUAAAUGAAACUCAUUUAUCACUUCACCAUCUGUUAGUGAUCAACUGCAAUGCUUCUUCGCCACGAGACUGACCUACGGAAGAGUUAUACAAAUUUAAAAGGACAGUGUUGUGUUUAUGUCCGAGCGGGGAAUGAAAUAUUUCUGCUGAUGGCUUGUACACUUAUCAGCUGAUUUCUUCUCUCUCGGUACCUCUCCUUGUGUCCAAUCCCCAUUUAAGAGUUGUCCAGAUGUCAGCCGGACGAUGUGCUUGGCUAAAAUCUGUUGUGAUCCGAGGACAUUUCUCGCAGCGCCAACAAACGCGCAGGUUAGCAGACGAAAAAGUGAUCUUCACAACUGUAUCGCUGGCGAAGUAGGGUUAGUGGAGAAACUCUUACCCGACGGUUAGCCAACCGAUCGCCGGGUCUUGUCGUUCAUGUAUCGUGAGUCCAUUGAACAAAUUUCAGUGCUUUUAUCCGCCGCGAGAGUUCACUCUGACUUUUCUCGAUGGUACUUUGAUGGAUCGGUCAGUUCGGGAGCCCGUAGAUUUUUGCACCGCAUCCAAUUCGUCGGACAUUCAGCUUCCAGGACCUAGCGGUGGACAUUCGGGACCUAGCACGCCCCUCUCUGCGGGACGGCUACUCUCGAGAAAUGCGAACGGGACAAUCGCCAUGACGUCGCAACCGACGAAUGAGUCGGAACUACAACUGUAUCGAGUCCUGCAGAGGGCUAAUCUACUGGCUUAUUACGACACUUUCAUUUGUCAAGGAGGAGACGAUGUUCAACAACUUUGUGAAGCCGGUGAAGAAGAAUUCCUGGAAAUAAUGGCUUUAGUAGGAAUGGCUAGUAAGCCACUGCACGUCCGAAGGCUUCAGAAAGCCCUCCAAGAGUGGGUUAGCAACCCAACAAUGUUUCAAACCCCACUUGUUCCAGCUCUGCCUCCCAGUCACCCAAACCAUCAUAUGGGUAGCAUGGGGGGUGGGGUAUCUCGGAGCGGCCUCCAAGGCAACAUGAGCCAAGCUCAGCCUCCUAUGCCCAUGAGGCCGAGCCCUCCUAUUCCGCCGAUGCUCACCAACAAUGCUCACUCGUCCCCUUCCCCUGGGCAUGGGGCCCAGAGCGCCAGCGGAGGCGGCAAAGAUGUGACUUCUCCGUCGCAGAUGCAGCAUCUUCAUCAUCAGCAGCAACAACAGCAGCAGCACCAACAGCAUCAACAACACCAGCAGCAUCUUCAUCAACAACAUCAGCAGCAGCAACAUCAUCAGUCCCAUGCUCCACCACAGUCUUCGCAGCAGUCCUCCCAGCAGCUGCAGCAGCAACAGCAGCAGCAGCAGCAACAACAGCAACAACAGCAGCCACCUCCGCCCACCCAUAGUCAGUUGCAACAGAUGUAUUCUCAGUCCUUGCCACCCGGCGGAGGAGAGUAUCUCACGAGUGACCUCAUGUUGUCUCUGACGCCUGUUCUGGUCGAAAGCCAAAUCCAGAGACUGUCCGAGACCACGGAGACCCUGAUCCCGUCACUACUGGUGCAGUUUGACCCCAAACAUCUAAAUAACAAGAAGAGGAUUAGUAAAGAAUUAGAGUAUGUCAUGAAUAUGCCAGAAGAUGAUCCUAGGCGCAUGGAUGAAAUUCGAAAGUAUGCAGCAAUUUAUGGGAGGUUUGACUGCAAGAGGAAAGCAGAGAAACCUCUAACCUUGCACGAGGAAUGGUUCCAGGUGUCGGUGAACGAGGCCGCUGCUCAGAUCUGCAAGCACAUUCCUGCUCUUCUCACUCGCAGGGACGAGUUAUUUCCUUUGGCCAGACAAGUGGUUCGGGACAGUGGAUACCAGUACUCGAAAGGCCAUUCCAGUGUGAACAAUACUUGCAGGUCUCAAUUAUAUAACAAAUCUUUUGACGAAGAAACUUGUAAAAGACUGCGUUUAGAUACCAGUCCAGGACAAGCAGGCGAUAAGCCUCAGAUCGAGGAGGAGCGAAAGAAACGACAGGAAAGGCUAGAAGCUAUAUCAGAGCAACUGAAACUCUUAGGCAGUCAGCAAGAAGAACUGAAAACCCGUCUUCAACAAGCUCGAGAUGCUCAAAAUUUUGGAGCAGUCACCCAUUUGCAGUCCCAGUUGGAGCAGAUUUCUACCCAACAAAUGCAGCUCAUAAAUGACCAGAGUGAAAUUAACAAACAGCUCAGAAGAAUAGAAAGAUACUAUCUUGGUGGGAAAGGCUGUGGAAGAUUAUCUUCCUGUUCCGAUCCUGAUAAAAUUGACAAUGAUGAUACAGAUUCACAGUUUUCAGCCUACAGCAAUGCAUCCUCUCCUACUCUGAGUCAUGAUGCUCAUGACUCACCAUCACAGGAUUCAAAUCAAUCUGUCCACACAACAGAUGUUUUUGGAACAAUGAAGAUGGUUAAGAAGACCAGUGCGCAAAUUACUAAGCAGCUAGUUCAGGAAACUCUGAUGGAUGAAGGUCUUCGUGUAGUCAAAGAAUUAGCCAACCAAAUUAAAGAAGAAAGUGAAAUUUCUGCCUUGGCUCCUCCUAAUGUUAGCCCACCUCGAAAUAACAACAGUACAACAUCUAAUGGUCCUACUCCAAAUAUUUCAAAUAAUUCAAAACCUGAGACUGGAAGUCGUCCCAGAGGCAGGCCUCCCAGACUUGACAGAGACUAUUCAAUAUCAACAGCAUCUGCAACUGGAGGUGGCUCUAGAGCUCCUACUCCUAUGAGUCAUCCUCCUCCAGCAUCUACUCCCUCACCUUCCACUACAAAUAAUAACAAUACUAAUAGUAAUAAUGGUGGAAACGCUCCUGCAUCAUCGCCAUCUGCUCAAAAUGGACGUACUAUGUCAUCUUCUGCAAUGAAUGGUCCAGCAUGCUCCUCUGAACCCCACAAUAACAACAAUAAUACUAGCAUCCCAAUCAGUGCCUCAUCUCAUUCUGUAGAUGGUUUUGCUAUGCCCAUGACAAAUGGAACGAAUGGCAUUAGCCAUCAUCAUCACCACCAACAUCACCACCAGCAACAUGGGACUGGAGGCAGCAAUUCCCCUGUUGUUGACAUCACUUCCUCUCCUGAGCCCAUGGGGAAAGGAGCUUCCAACAGCCUCAAUGCCCUACUCGCCUUUUCCCAAAAAGGGAUCAAACAAGAGCCCUCCUCUCCAAAUAACGCUUAUAAAAUAGACUGAGGCCUUCAGUAUUAAAAUGCUAUUAACCAAACUUCUACUGUCUCUCAUGUAGAUAAGUCUUUACUUUUUAACAAAGAUUUUUAUUUCUCUUAAGUAUAUUUUCUGUUGCUGCUUCCACACAUUUAUUUACGUUUUAUAAUUUUAGCAUUGUUAUUAAUUUGAUUGCUUUUGUAAAUUAGACAGUUAUCAUUUCAUACAUCCACUGCCACAUAGGUAAAGUGGUUCUCUGCUGUUUCUAUUUCAAAGAGUAGUUACUAGUUGUGUGACAUCAUUUAAUAAAAAAAAAACAUUAAAAUUGAAAAUAUUGUUGCAUAGAGAGACUCUAACAGAGCUGAAGAUUGAAUCCAUUCCAUUGGUGCAGUAUAAAAUAUUUGUGUGCAAUAACCUGUUAUUAAAGUCCUUCCGUUUAUGGACUUGGGCCAAAACUAAAUGAAAAGUAAGGAUUUAAAAUCUUGGCAGAAUAAUGUCUGUGAUUCUUCGUUCUUCAAUCCAUGAAUAUAAGUUUUAGCAAUUUAAUGCUGACCUGGUCAGUGCUCCUGCAAUGUGCCGUGAAUUUCGUGUGUGCAUGUUGCUUUAUGGAAGUCCUAGACCUCCGCCUUUGCCUAGUCCGCUGUGACCAGUGCAGUACUCGUCUGAUCUUAAUCUUAUAAAAGACAGACGUUAAACUUCUGAUGGAUCUUUCACUUGAACAGAAUCUCCUGAGGUGGUGCUCAGCAGGAGACAAAUACAUUUUUCCCUACAAACUAUCCUCUUAUUCAGUGGUUUUCAGAACCAAAAGCUUCAGGCCGGUGGCAUGAAACUUGAAAGACAUGAUUUUAGGGAUGUGUAUAGAAUGAAGUGCAGAAUGAGCUUAAAUCUUUGUAAAUCACUUGAAAUAAUCUCCUGCUCAUAAGUGGAAAACAUUCUCCCUGAAACCACUACCAAUGCCAAUUGUGAGUACAGCAGAAAAAAUUUCAAAGUUUUCUGUUCUCUUUUUCAUCUUUGUACAAAAAAGAUGAUAUAAAUAUAUAGCUAUAUAUAGGGGAAAAUCAAAUAUUGGUGUUCUACAGAGAUCUGCAGUAUCAUCAUACCAUGCUUGAUUCAGAUAUCUGUGAUUACGGUCAUUUAUUUGUCAUGCUCGUGAACAUUUUCUUACUCACACGAUAAAUCUGUUUCCAAAGGGACAUGAAGCGUGAGCUGGACUUGUUAUGUACAAGAGGAAUGGAAUGGGAACAAUGAAAUCCAUCUGAGUUGAUAGACAACAACAAUCAGUGCAUUUAGUGAUAUGAUGCCAAAAUUGUACUUGAGAAAGUGACGUUCCAUCUUAGUUUUCUAAAUUAAGAGUUGUGUGAUGUGAUAAAAUGUGAUAGUGUUUACACCCUUAAAUGUUAUGCACAGAUAGCUACCAAAGUCUCAAUCGCAUACGACUUUCUCAUUCAGCAUUCUUUAAGCUCCGUGCGCUGAUAGCUAGUCUUCAAUUGAAGAAUAAAAGAGAAAUCAAACCUUUAAUAUAAACAAAUUGCACAACCCUAAUCUGAGUUUGGUCACCUAAGCGCGUGAAGUGCAAAAGAUUGGAUGCAGUAAUGUGUCUCAUUUUCACUACAUGCUGCUUGGUGUAGGUUAUCUGAAAGGCUUGAUUUAUGUUUCUUUCCUUUGCUUUAAAAGAAUUCUGUGCAAAAUCCAAAAAUAUUAAAUUUUACAGUGCUUAUAGCCUUGAACAUCAGCUAAUAUGAAAUUAUUUCAAUUAGCUGAUCCAAAAUCUGAAUGACGAAUAUGUACUUCAUCAAUUAGGCUACAAGCACUUUUUAAGUAAUACACUUAUACCAUCUUUUUGUUUUAAUUGAAAUGCUUUAUUCGAGAUUGUGUUUUAUACGAGUCUAACCACUCUCUGAAUGCAAUAUUGAUAACACUAGCACUGCUCGCACUACAACAAAUCUUAGGCGAAUAGAACGUGAGUAGUGUGAUAGUGUUGAGUUUAUUGUAUAUCAAUUCAUGUUCAAGGCUAUAUUGGUGUGCAUUUCUUUAGAUAUUGCUUAUAUAAAUCAAUUAUUUAAUUUAAAUAUAAACUUGUGUUGCUGCAAAUGCCUUAGAUGUGGCUUUAGUUCUUCCUGUUCAAAACAGGUCUCAUUUUGUUUAUCUUUUCGGUUUGUAAAUAAUAUGUCAUAUAUAAGUAUUUAAUCUAAGAGUAAAUUAGUGUAAGCGCAUAAUUGAAUGUUUAUAUGAAAUAAUUUUUUUACAUUCAAAAGCAUCUCUAAGAUAAUGCGAUUUUUUUCUUAACAGAAACAGAUCCAUGAAUAUAAAAAAUUAUCUUUUAACGAGUGCAGUAGUAUGCUAAUUUGCCGGGUAGAUGCAAAACUAUUUAAUUGAUCGUUAAGUUUAGGGAGAAACUGAAAUUAUAAAUUUCAUUUCUAUUGUUAGAACUGAUUGGUAAUGAGAUUGUCUUCCUUUGAUUUACAUUUUCUGAAAAAGUCAUGAAAACCUCAUUUGCCUGUGCAAUAAAAUAAUUGGGUUUUAAAUGUGUUGAAUUUUUUACAUCAUUAUGUUAUUGUUUCUUAGCAGUUAUAUUUGAAUUUUCUCUAUAUAAAUAUUCAAACAUGAAGUAAUGUUUCUAUCAAGUUUCAAUAUUCUAAUUCUAUAAAUAACUGUGCAAUACAGGUUGUCCCUGAAACAUUUUUAUUAACCUUACUCAAGUAACAGGAAGAAACUCCAUGUUUUUAUUGUUCAUUUUCUUUUUGCAUUAAUAUUUUUUUAUUUCGUUACUUUGUCACAGAUUAUCAGAUUAGUGGGAAAUUUUAAAAUGCUUUAUUUUUUUAAAUGAUUGGGGUCAUUUUGUAUUUAAGAGAUAUGAAUACUUUUAUUAAUAAUUCCUUUUUAUUGUGUUUUUAACAGAAAUUUUCAGAUUGUGAAAUUGUUAAAAACCUGCGUUUAAGUUGAAAUUAGAGAAAUAAACAAUGUUACAAAGUUAUACAUUUAUCCUUGUAGUGCUUUCAUGAAACAUUGAGUUUAUUAAUAAACCAAUUUGCAAUAAAUAUUAAAUGGUUUUAACGUUUUUGUAUAUAUAUGUUAACAUUUUGUGACAUAAUAAAUUAUUCGCUCUUCCAAGUAAGAAUGUAUUAUCCAGUAUUGUUGUUAUAGAAUCCAAUUCUCUUUUUAUGAUGUCAGUGAAGGUAAAAUGUCCCAACUACAUCCUGAAGUGUAUCAGACUGAAUAUUUAUGACUUAGAAACAUGAAAGUCAAUCUUUUUCCCAUAAAAAGACUUUUACCAUAGUCAGUUUCAAGCUAUCACUUUCAUCUUCAUACAAAAUUAUUAAUUUUAUUUUCUUUGAAAAAUUUAUAGUCAUCAGUGAAACAUUAUUUUCCGUUGCCAUGUUUAAAGAGUUAUUUAUAGUUAAAUAUGCUUUGACUACAGCUAUGAAAAAUGAAGAGAUAUUAUGUAUCAUUAACUUAAAAUUUAGAAAUGUUAGAGCAGUACUAUCUAACUUUUGUAAUAUAUUUCACUUAUAAUUCGAGAGAUUUACUUUCAAGUAUUGUGAUACUCAAACCAGCUAUUUGCAGCAGUUCUUAGCAGCAUUUUUUUACUUUAAAUAACAAAAAGGAGACCUUAAUUCAGGUCUCAUAAAAUUCACAGUUUUUUAUCAUAUACAUUUUUAUUCUAUUGUUUCUGACUAAGAUGAAAAGAGGUGUGUAUUUUGACUAUUCUGCUGAGAACUGCUGUCAGGUUAUGCUGCUGAUGAAAAAUAAAUAAAUAAAUAAAUCAAAAUAUAUGUGAAUUUUCAAACAUAAUUUUCUUGCUCUUCAUUUUUCAAAGUUUCCUAGCCUAGUCUCUAAUUUUAAUGGAAACUUUGCUGUUGUCAAUGCAAAUGAAAUGCGAUUGAGGUGUAUUUUUGUCAAGAGUGUUCCUGUUUUGGCUGUCAUAUCUGAAUAAAAUUCAAUUCCCCUUCUG